AUGAGCUAUGUGUCUCGUAUUGAGGAGAUUUGUUUAGGUCUGAAACGUGUUCAAGAUGCUAUUGUUUCUUGUUCUAAAGGCAGAGAUGUUCGCUUGGUAGCGGUUUCAAAGUUAAAGCCUGUUGAUGAUAUAAAAAUUGCUUAUGAUUAUGGCCAAAGACAUUUUGGAGAAAACUUUGUUCAAGAAAUGAUUGAAAAGGCUAAAUUACUUCCUCUGGAUUGUUGUUGGCACUUUAUUGGGAGACUUCAAACUAAUAAGUGUAAAGCUUUGGCAUCUAUAUCUAAUUUAUGGGCAGUUGAAAGUCUAGAUUCAUCUAAAAAGGCAUAUUUAUUGAAUAAGGCGUUAAUAGAUCUGAAAAAAUCUUCUGGAAUAGAUAAUCAUUCUAGAAAGCUCAAUGUUUUUGUUCAAGUAAAUACAAGUUGUGAAGAAGGAAAGAAUGGAGUUAGUAUUAGUGAUUCUAUGGAAUUGUGCAGUUAUAUAAUAAAUAAUUGUAAAGAACUUUAUCUUAAGGGACUUAUGACUAUUGGUUCAUUAUCUGAAAGUAAUAGUGAAUAUAAUAAAGAUUUUGAGGCACUUGCAAAAUGUCGAGAUGAGAUUACUAAAUCUCUUGGUAUAGAAUUAGAAUUAAGUAUGGGAAUGAGCAGGGAUUUUGAAUUAGCUAUUAAAAUGGGUUCAACAAAUAUAAGAGUUGGUACAGAUAUUUUCGGAGUAAGGCCGUCUAGGUAUAUGAAUACGUCAUAA